CAGAGAGUCGAUCCGGGUACUCGGCUGGAAGGCUGGAAGGAGCCUAUAGGUACCAAUAUGGCGGAGGCUUCCUUCGGGAGUUCGAGCCCAGUUGGCUCUUUAUCGUCUGAAGAUCAUGACUUCGAUCCGACAGCAGAUAUGCUAGUCCACGAAUAUGACGACGAGAGGACUUUGGAGGAGGAAGAGUCAUUGGAGGGCGAGAGAAACUUUAACUCAGAGAUAGCCGAUCUGGAGAAGGAGGGGAACAUGCCGUUGGAGGAACUGCUGGCCAUAUACCGCUACGAGGCGUCUGUCAGUACGGCUGCAGGCUCCAGCAUGGACAGCUUUUCUGGGGAGCUGACGGAUGAGCUGCCAGACAUGACUUUGGACAAGGAGGAGAUAGCUAAAGACCUGCUAUCAGGGGACUAUGAGGAGGAGACCCAGUCCUCCGCUGAUGACCUCACCCCCUCAGUCACCUCCCAUGAGGCCACCGACUUCUUCCCCAGAACACUCAGAUCUAAUACUAUCUACGACGGUGAUAAGGAGUCCGAGUGUGAGGAGGAUGGGCCAAGCCUAGAGGACUCCAGAAAGGAAAUAAUGGUGGGGUCGCAGCACCAAGCAGAGGUCCCCACCCACCUCUGUCACUAUGGCGACGAUAAGGUAUACGAAGAUGAUGACCAGUUGCUAUGGAGCCCGGACGUGUUGUCAGAAAGCAAGGUCAGAGACUUCCUGUGUGAGGCGUCGUCACGGGCCACCGAUGAGAGGACAGGAAGUGACAUGGCAGGGGCUCAUGUGAGCGACAAUGAGCAGGCUCUGUAUGAGCUUGUGAAAUGUAACUACAAUACCCCUGAAGCACUGGAGAGGUAUUGCAGUAACGUGAACUCAUCAAAGGAGGAAUCCCCACCGUGGUCUGAAGAUGAAUGCAGAAACUUUGAACAUGCACUACAGCUAUACGAUAAGAACUUUCACCUCAUACAGAAGCACAAGGUUAAGACACGGACGGUAGCUGAAUGUGUUGCCUUUUACUACAUGUGGAAGAAGUCGGAGCGCUUUGAUUUCUUUGUCCAGCAGAAUCGCUUUGGCAAGAAGAAGUAUAGCAGCUAUCCUGGUGUAACGGACCUGAUGGACCGGCUGGUGGACGAGGCGGAGGGCCUGGCAGUAGACAGCUCCUCCUCUGUGUGCUCAGGCGGAGGAGGAGGGGUGAGGAUGGAGCCCACCACAGAGCAGCAGCUCAGCCUGCUCAACUCCAUCACUGCCAGCGACCUCACAGCCUCCACCGGGGUCCCUGGCACAGGAAGAGCCCUGGGCUUCCCUCCCAACGGAGGAGAUCCCGACUGUCUCAACAUGCUGGACGCUGGCUUCUACCACUCAGACCUGGGCCAGCGGGAGUGGGUGUACGGGGGCAAGGACUGCGAGACGGCCUUCUAA